AGCAUGACAUUUAAUAGAGGCGGCCAGUAAGCCUGUAAAAGCUAGAAUAUUGCUUCUUUUUAUAAUGUUAUAAACACGGCGUCCAAGCUGCUUAGACAUUAUGGAGUACAGUAGAUAGCUAUGCCUGUGUAAGACGCUCAGCUGUAAAGAAAAGCAGGUUGAUGGGGAGGUGCUGUUCGGAGCCUGUCGAAUGAAGGUUGCCUGUAGCUGCCGCCAUGCAGCCGACCCGGAACAUCCGGAUCAUAGAAUGGGAGGACCUGGACAAGAGAAAAUUCUACUCUCUCGGUGUGUUCAUGACAUUCACCACACGCGCCACAGUCUACCCCUUUACCUUGAUCCGGACUCGGCUGCAGGUCCAGAAGGGAAAGUCUCUUUACAGCGGCACCUUCGAUGCUUUCUUUAAGAUCCUAAAGGCUGAAGGAGUGCAGGGACUGUACCGGGGCUUCAUGCUUAACACUUUCACACUAAUCUCAGGUCAGGCCUACAUCACCACGUACGAGCUGGUGAGAAAGUACGUGUCUCAGUAUUCCUCCAGCAAUACCCUCAAGUCUCUGGUGGCUGGUGGCUGCGCCUCACUUGUGGCUCAGAGUAUCACUGUGCCCAUUGAUGUGGUCUCUCAGCAGCUUAUGAUGCAGGGUCAGGGAGAACAUCUCACACGAUUUAAGCUCAAGGCCAAGAUGGCUGUGGCCACAUCAAAACACAAAGUGACAUUUGGACAGACGCAAGAUAUUAUGGUGCAGAUUUUUGCUGCAGAUGGAUUCCGGGGCUUUUAUCGUGGCUAUGUGGCGUCACUCCUCACCUACAUCCCUAACAGUGCCGUCUGGUGGCCUUUUUAUCACUUUUAUGCAGAGCAGCUAUCCAAGCUGGCCCCCUCCAACUGCCCUCACCUUCUCCUGCAGGCCGUGGCUGGACCUAUGGCUGCAGCCACCGCUUCCACUCUCACCAACCCCAUGGACGUAGUGAGAGCCAGAGUGCAGGUGGAAGGCCGUGCAUCAGUGAUUGAGACAUUCAAGCAGCUUAUGGCUGAGGAAGGCACAAGGGGAUUGACAAAGGGUCUUUCUGCACGGAUCAUCUCCUCACUGCCCACCUCCCUCCUUAUUGUGAUAGGCUAUGAGACACUGAAGAGGCUGAGUCUGCGGCCUGAGCUGGUCAAUACCAGACACUGGUGAAGGGCAGCGUUGACUCUCUUUUUAAUCCUUUCCUUUCUGUCUUUUAAAAGUUGCCUUUUAAUAGUUGGUCAGACUGUGGAUUAUACAAUAAGAAAAAUGGGACGGGGACCAGGAAUAAUUGUGGGUUAUACUGUGCCGUUUUUCCUCCUUUUUGUGUAUUUUGUAUAUGUAAAUCGUUCAUUAACCACAGAAUUUGAUAAAAAUGUUUUUGCAUUAUAUGUUCAGAGAAAAUAUUUGAUGUAAAUGUUUGAUGAAAUCAUCUAUCGUGAAACUAUUCAAACUCACUAAUAUAAAAUAAGA